AUGGAAUUGAAGAAAGGGCUGUUGUUCCUGAGGUCGAGCAAUGCUGCAUCUUACACCAAUGCACUGGAUCUGUUCCCUGGACAAAGGGUUGUGGGCUUGGUGAAAACAACCAAGAUAAUGCUGAGAAUUAAUUUGAAAAAAAUUCAAGCAAGGACCAACAUGAAACCUGUUGGAUCAGAGUUCAACAAGUUCAUGGAAUACUAUAAUAAUAGUUCAAAUGAAGUAAAAAAUGAUAAACAACGAAUGUGUUGUUUUCGCUAAAUGCAUUGAGUGCCACACAACGUUUAAUGACUUAAAAGAAUUUCAUCAACAUAAAAAAACGCAAUGCGAGAUACUGCGUAAGGAUGUCCAUGCAAAGUCGCCACUUGACGAAAUACUUAAUGAUGGCAAGGAUACGACCCAUCUACAUAAUGGUCAUUUGUGGGAUGGCAAUUGUGCCAUAUGUAAAGACAAGUUUUAUAAAAAAGUGAGGGCAAAGUUCCCUCCUCCUCCACCACAACAACAACAUCCACUUCCAACUCCUCAUCAUCUUUUUCCUCCUCCACCAAAACCACCACAACUCCAACAA